GUUCUUGACAUAACAUCGCGUGGGCUCAGUUAAACGUUCAUAUGCAAAAGAAGAUUUAGGAACUCUUUCCUGGUGUUAGCAACAUUGAUGUGUAACGUGCCGUUAUUAUUGUCUUCAAUCCAGCAUAGGAUAGACUCUUCGUACCACGACAGCACAGAUACGUCGCUGAUUCCUGCGCUGAACUCCGUCGCGGAGAGGCUUUCCAACAUGGCUGUGGCGCCGAACAGUUCGGAUGCCUGUCUCAGCAUCGUUCAUAGCCUAAUGUGCCACAGACAAGGCGGCGAGUCGGAAUCGUUCGCCAAGCGCGCUAUCGAGUCUCUUGUCAAGAAACUAAAGGAGAAAAGAGAUGAACUUGACUCCUUGAUCACAGCUAUUACGUCUGGAGGUACGCAUCCUUCGAAAUGCGUUACAAUCCAACGCACGCUAGACGGAAGGUUGCAAGUCGCUGGACGAAAAGGCUUUCCGCAUGUUAUUUACGCGCGAAUUUGGAGGUGGCCGGAUUUACACAAGAACGAGCUAAAGCACGUCAAGUACUGCCAAUUUGCCUUUGAUUUAAAGUGUGACAGCGUUUGCGUGAAUCCUUACCAUUAUGAGCGAGUUGUCUCGCCUGGUGAGUACACAAAAUACCCAGUUUCAAUAUUAUUAUUGUAUUAUUGUUAAAUAACAACUGCCCCAAUCUGCUGGUAGAUGGCUACUUCGCCAAACUGUUCAGUCUGAUAAUGCAACGUUUUUCUGUACAAUUAAGAGAUUGUCUUUGAUGGCCUUAACGUCAAGUGAGACUAACUGCAACCUUGUUAUUCCACAGAUAUCACAGGGCUGGCAUUGUCGAGAAACCCAGGUACAAUUGUAUUUGAUUUAUGAAUGUUUUAAUAUCUAUUCGAUCAUUGACGGUUUCUUUUGCCUGUUUUCUCGAUUUUUAUCCCCAUGCUAUGUACUGUUAUUUCAUUUCGUACUGGUGAUAGGUAUUUGUUUUAGCGUUUGUUAAUGUCUUGUCUUCUACUGUGGCUUUCAAUGUGUAAUCAUAAUCCUGGUGAUCCCUUUGUUGAGGCUCAGACAUUCUGUCUGCUCCAUAACACGUGGCCGGCUCGGCCAUCUUUUAGUGUUCUAGUUGGUUGGCAGUAGACAAUGGCUCCAGCCAUUUCCUUGCUUUGAAGAAAGUUUUCAUAGUAGGUUCCAAAAUGUUGCGAUUUCGAGUAGAAGGUAGUAAAGGUGGUAAAAGUUAAGAUCAUUAGCAGACAAAGGGAAAGUGAUAAAGAAUGAUUAAACAAAAAUGGUCAACGGGUACAUGUGUUGACUGAAGAGUCACGAUAUAUGCCAGGGGGUCUCAGUCAACUCGUGGUUUCCUUGUUGACAAUAAUUUUAUUGUGCCUAUUUAUAGUAAGUAUCCAGAUAUUGCUUCCAAGUUUAAAUGAUCGUAUAAGAGGUCUCUGUAGUGCAAUUUCUCAGUAGAAGCAAUUGUGGAAACACUUCUCAAACGUCAAACUGUUGUUUAAAACAGCUCUUUCAUCAGCUUAGCAGCACAUGCCUUAUUAUUUUGUAAAACCUCCCAGAAUACCACAUGAAUAUAUAUCUGAAAUCUACUUGUGCUUUUGGCGUUAAACAUUUUCCAUUAUCAGUUUUGCCUUUUUCUUGACUAACAGUUUUGUUUUUCCUCAAACACUAGUCAUAUCAGUUUUAAGUUCACCGCUUGCAUUUUAUGCAUCUUUUUCACAAACAGGCAGAAUACAUUCUUAUAAUACCAGCCCCAAUACCAGCUGAUAAAUCUUUUGAAUUUAAUUUACAACUUGACUGCCUGGGCAGUGAAAGAUUUUCCUUUUGAAAUAACUAGCUGUUUUAGCACUUUUUAAACUUUGGUGUUGUGAUUCACUUGUAAAUAAGUGGAGUUAACAUCUGUCACAUUGUAAGUAACUUCACCUUUAUUGUUAUUAUGUUGAACUACCAAUUAAAAGCUUUUGAGAAAAAAGAAAGAAACAGAUCUAGAAUAGAGCUGAAAGUGUUGUUGCUGAAAAGUUGGAUGUUCUUGGUGAUAUGUUAACUAUGCUGUAAAUAUUUUCAGUAACCUUUCAAUCCUAAUUUGUAUGAUGCCAUUUGGCGAUUGUACUGUGCGCAGCCAAUUACAUUAUCCACUAGAUGAGAGUAACAAAGAAGAUUUAAUGCUAUUCACAGGGCUUCUGAUAGGUUGUGGAAAAAACUCAAAUUUUGCCAUAUUUUCAGAGUCAAGUUAGAGGAAAAAAUGGCUGAUUUCAGAGGAAAUUUGUGGGAAUUUUCAGGGCAAAAAAUGAAAGAACCAAAAGAAAGCCUACUUGUUGUAUUUUACCCGGCAAAAUAAUUUCAUGUGAGUUAAAAAAGUCAUCAUAGAGUAGAAACAUUUAGCCAGACUUUGAGAUGGGUUGUAUGUGUAGUGCUCUCAAGUACAGAAUACUGAUGUUUUAUCAACACUAACACAUAGCUUUUUUUUUCACUGACAGCAAGUUAAAUUUAGAAAUCAAAUUCAGAGGGAAUUGUUUUGUUUUCUCUGCACCAAUAUUUUAGAUAUUAAUUAAACUGGGUGAUAAAAGCUAAAAUGGACAGCCUUAUGUAAGUUUCUAGGAGGUCAUAAACCUAAAGUAUAGUAAAUAGUACAACUGUCUAGUGAUCUGAUGUUUUUCCAGAGGGCAAAAAAUUGUUCCUGAGCUCUAACACUCUAGUUCAUUAUUGAAAGGAAAGUCUUAAAAUGAUGAAAUUAUAACUGGGGUGCGUGUAUUGUGUUGGCUCUACGGUGAUCUACAAUAUAAUACACUGUCUUGCGAGUGGGGCUUUAUAGGUACUCACAAUGACCCAUCUUCAUCAAUAUUUUUAAUUACCAAUGAAAACACACUGGAAAAUAGACAGUUAUUAAAAGACAGGGAAGUUAUAUUUGGAGGUGUUAAUUUUGUAAAAAUUUAAUACCUCAUUAAGAUUUACUUAGAAAGGAUUUAAUCAGAGCUUACUGUCAUUAAGCACAGAUUUGAUUAGAGUUAAUGCAAGCACACACUUGAAAUCCGUAGUUGCAGGCACCAACAAUUAUACUCUAUUAUUUUAUUAAAGCAUUUUAAAUCAUGUAUUUUUAUUUCCACUCUUGACAAAUAAUCACUGAACCAUGAAAUUUUAUACAUUCAACUUUUCCGUUAUAUAAACUAUAAAAAUACCACAAGAACUUGACAGGGAACUACAACUUACUAUAAAACGGCUUUUAUUAAUAACAUGAUAAGAAUCAUUGGCAUUUAUUAUUUUACCAGUAAAGGUAUUAUAAUUAGCAUUCUUUUGUUAUGAGUAUUUUAAGUACCCUUGUCUUAAAUCAGUGCAUGUUUCCAAUGCAAAACCCAGAAAAGGAAACAAAAAUUAGGCCUUAAUAUGGGUAUAACAUUAAGAAAGCCAUCCCGUUUUAAUUCAGUGAAUCAAAUAAAAUGUUAUUGAACACUUAAGAAUGAAGAUAAACGAAAAAAGUUUAAUUACACAACGUUUCGAUGUCACCAUGACAGACAUGUACUCUGCAUCGCACUGAUCACACACAUUAGUAAUUAUACACCACGCAAUGUUGAUUAAUUCAGGGUUGUUUGGGCUCAUGCAUUUUAAGAUCACCAACUUUUUGGCUUGUAAAUACUGGUUGAAGGAUGUGGUCAAUUUUCUUGCUCAGAUUAGAAAGUUGUGUUUUCGCUUCGUCAGCCAACUUUUGAUCUUUAACCCUCUAAGCCCCAAGAUCCACAUACAAAUUCUCCAUACUGAUCUCCAUACAUUACUCUUAAGAACAGUUGAGAGAAUUUGGUUUAAGAUCAAAGUGUCUUCUCUUUGGUUAUUCAAUUUAGUAAUUCUCAUAACCUUUACUCUGGUUGUUAGGAGAAAAUUGAUGUUGGUUACCUCUUGAGACCUAAAGGGUUUAUUGGCAAUACCAGUCAGUGAAUAUUAUUUUAUUAAAUUCAAUAGCAGAAAAUAUUCAGAUGGACUGACAAGCACUCAGUCAGACACAUCUACUCUAUGGCAGGUGUAUGCACCAGAGAAUGCCAGUCCAUCUUAGUGAGGGCUUUUUUACUGUUCUUGCAUUGAAAACAAAUAAUAUUAUGAAGUGCUGUUUUGUAAAUGGUGUUGAUAUUUCAAACAAGAAAGUUUAAUGCCUCUUGGCAAGUCAGGAAAGGCCUCAAUGUAAUUUGUAAUGGGAAACUUUGUUUAGUAUGAGUGAUGAUUAGCUCUUAUCCUUUGACCAAACAGUAACCAGAACUGGAAUCUAUAGCUGCCAUUGUUGUUUAGCAUUUAGCGUCAAGUUUUGUGACAUCAAGUUUGUAAUAAUGAAUGGAAAUGUUUUCAAUUUAUUCAGUGUUACCAUUAUUAGAGAUAAAGGAUUUGUAGUGUUGUGCCUAGUUUUUUUAAACUACAAGAGAAAAGGAUGAAGGAGCAAACAACAUUGUAAAAUUGCAAGAAUUCAAAUUAUUAUGUUUAGUUUUUAAAACCCUGAUGUAAUUAAUAUGUAGGAGAAAACUUAAAAUAGAACAAUAAUAUUUUUGUUGUGGUAUGAAAUUAAUGUUCUAUGCAAACUUUGAUUUAAUCUCUGAUCCAAUUAAAACAUUUAUUCAUUUUUGAGUCAUAUUUACCAACAGUCUGUUGUCUAGGUGCAUUAUUAAAGUUUUGUUUUUACAACUCAGUUUACGUGUAUUAUGGUCUUCCAUUAAAUACAAUCAGGUAGCCACAGAGACUAAAAAGGUCUUAAGUUUAUAUUCUUGAACACUGACAGACAUUGCACUUCUAUAGAUUGGGUCUAGUUUGUAAAAAAAGAAGAGACAACACCCUUAACUGUUCCUGUUGUAGUCUUGUAGUUGUUUAAACCUGUGACAGCUUUUUUCAGUAAUUGGUUCUAUCAAUAAAAAGUAAACAAUAAUUUUUAUUUCAAAAAUCAAGAAGAGAAAUAAAGUAUCAAAAAACCUUAUCAUGUCAUCAGCUUUCAAUUAUGGUAGAAGUGCCAAAAACUGUACAAAAUUAAUCACCAGAACCGAGUUUUUUUAGGGGUUGCCUUUAUAUUGCCAUGUUGAGAAUUCUUUUUUAUGUUAAUGAACCAAUCUCUUACCUCACUUUGCUAGAUGGAGCUUAUGCCAGUAAUUCGCAACCAGAUCCUGACUUUCAUCAAGCUGUUGGUCCCACAGCUCAUCAUUAUCCUGGUUUGUAAUGUCUUUUUCCUAGUCAUACUAUUUAAAACUAAUUUUAAAUCAUCAGGGGCUAAAUUAGAUUUGUACUUUUGAUUAAGGAAAGCAGGUUUUUUUAUUAAAGAACUUUUCAUACUUCUGGAGGGAAAGUUGAUUUGCUCAGAAUUUUUGCUUGUACACUUUUCUCUUUUUUUUUGUGGGGUGGGGUGGGGGGGGGGAAGCGGAGGUGGAGGGGGAUGAACCCCUACCCGAUGCCUUGGUAGUUCAGGCAUAUUCCCUUAGCAUGUGGAUGUGUUAAAUUCCAUGGGAUUAAACAGUGAACAAAUUCAUAAAUUGAAAUAACUAUAUGUAAUAAUGUAUCUUGAAAAAGUAAUGAAUUUCCCAUGUGCUAUUAAACAGCUACUUUCUCAUUCCUUGUUGUUUGUGCACCAUACUGGUCCACUGGUGUUUGCACCUAUCAGCAAUUUAAUGGUGUUGGCUGAAAGAUGGCAGUUGCUAAUUUGAAUUACAAUAUUAUGUUGACUGGAUUUGUCUGGUUAAAGCCCUAAACAGGUAUAACAUGUUGGUCUAUAAUCAUUAAACAUCAUUGAAUGCAACAUGUCAGAUUUGUUGGAACACCUCAUUAGAUGUUGUUGAUUGAUGUUGAAUCAGAUUUGAUUGAGUUUGAUCUUGUCAUCCAAGAUCAUCCAACGUUUGUCCUAUUUUCAUGCAUGAUGAACCAUGUCAUUACAUGUGUAUGUUGCCAUAAUUUAACAGCUUUCACAAUAAUUAUGUAACUGCACUUCUUUUGUUUGGUGUAUUAUUUUAUUAGUUAUACAGUGAUGGCUCUGCACAAGUAUAUUACAGUUUGGAAAAAUGAUCUAAACUAGACUCCACUUUGAACCUUAAAUCAUUUAUAUUCCUUCUUCCUGAAGGUAGCCAGUCACUCCCUGCUUCAGUCGUUGGAGGACCUCCGCAUCAUGAUAUGUACCCUGGAAUGAAUGCUGCUGGUGAUCAUGGUAUGGGACCAAUCUUCCCAGCUUUAUAUCAUAGUUGUCAUUUGAAAUGUAUAGUUGCACAUCUGCUUGUCAUUAAUUUUGUUGGUAGUAAACAAGGAAAACUAGUUUAGUGCUUGAAAAAAGUCCUGUUUGAUUGUCUGAGACAAGUAGAUUUUCUUGCCAGGCAAGUAACUUGUUAAGCUCACUUGUCCAAUGGACAUGACUCCAGGCAAGACUUUUUAUAAUUUAUUUUUAAAUCUGCUGUUAAUAAACUUUUGCCUGUAAAAUCUUUCUCCUGCAAUAAGAUUACAAGAAAUGUUAUUAUUAACUUUGAUAAUGUCACACUUUGCUAUAGGUGGACCACCUAGUUGGGGAGCUGUUUCAGCAACUUAUACCCCUGGGCCACACCCGGGAAGUGGAUAUUGUAAGUUAGUAUUUCUAGAGUUUCUGUGGUAUGUAAUCCGGAUUGCCUUCACAGGACACAACCAUGAUUUGUCUGACAUCAAUAAUCUAAACCCAUUUGCCCCAGGAGAUUUUGCCAUAAAACGCGUGUUGAAGCUAUAAGUCAGUGGUUUUCUGGUCACUGUCAUGCUACAGUAUAAAGAGGCAAAACUUACCACAAAGCCAUUUACAGGUUGUACACUUUGCUGCCUUCUGAUUCCGAUGCAAAAUAUUAGCUCGCAAAGUUUGGGCAUGCUCAGAAAAAAAAAUUUGUGGGUUUAAAUGUGAGACCCCUAGUGAAGAUUGACUUUUAGUUUUCACUUUCUCUCCUCCCCUCUUUUUUCACUUUUCUUGCCUCAUUUUUUUAUUCUCUUGCUGAGCAUUUAGUAGGCUUCAUUUUGGUGGGAAAAGUUUUUAGGGAAGCUUUUAGGAUCUUGGGAUUAGAUGAAAGGAAUGGUAGGUCAGUUGUGGAACAAGAUUUUUAUGGAAAUUUUCAGGUCAAUGUUACAUGGUAUUUUACCUUUUUCUCCGGUGUCCUUGACUGAAUUGUGCUCAUUCUGGAAUGGUUUGAAAGGUCUCUUCACUCUGCACAAGUCAACAGACAAAGUUAUCUUGACCAUUAAAACUGAUGAUCAUGAUGUCUCAAGCAGUAGAAAGGACAUGAAUUCGCACGGGCGGCCACAGGUGGCUCAGAGGCAAAUGGAUUAAAACAAUAAAACAAUAAUUUUCAUGAUACAAAUCCCUCUGAGACUGUGCUUUGCUCAUUAUCAUCAUAAUCAUCAUUCAGCUGCUAAGCAGUUUUAAAAUGUAACACUAACAUUCUCCUGUAGUAACAAAAGAUACUACUGAAGAAGUUUCAGUAACCAACAUGUAAAUAACAUUAUAUAUUUAUUGUUUGAAAUUAUUGAUCAUGGGUCUUCCAUACUUCUACCAAAUUCACUUUUGGUUUGCUGAUCACUACUACUACAUGGCAAAAUAUUUUGUAAAACAGUUAGAUAGAAAAUUUUACUUAUUUUCUAUUAUUAUACUGAAAGAUAUUUUUAAUGUGUAUAAAAAAGUUUAUCAUCAUGACUAUAUUAAAGGUAAAGAAAACCCCUCUAACUUUUAGGAAAAGACACUAGCUUCCAAUCUUACACUGAAAAAUGGAACUUAGCUGAAAGCAAUAUUUCCUACAUGUCAGCUUCUUUGUCUUUUGUCAUUUAAAAGAUCUGAACAAACUUGUUGGAGUCUCCUGUCAAAGCUUGCUUUUCUAAAUUACCUUUAUACAUGUACACUUAUGACGUUAAGAAGUCUGGCUGCCAGGUUGAAAACAGCAAGGCUGUUAAGGGAACUUGUAGCAGCACUGCAGCUGUUACUAUUGUAUUCAACAUAGCAUAACCUUAAAUUUUGAAUUGGCGAAUGACAAAUCUUUUUUUAGGUUGUUAUUUGUUAAAAAUAUUCAGAAUAAUAGGAAAACAAGAAAUGGUGAGAUGGACAACCAUAAAAUAUUUUUUCAGCUUGUUAUUUGUUAAGAAUAUUCAAAAUGAUAACUGGAAGAAAGGAAUUAAUGAUAAGAACAACCAUAAAAUCUUUUUUUGGUUGUUAUUAUUUUAUUAAAAGUAUUCGAAAUAGGAAAAAAGGAAUUUAUAACAUGAACAACCACAAAAUAUAUUUUUUAGGUUGUUAUUUUUUUUAAAUAUUCAAAACAAUGGAAAAAAAGGAAUAGGCAAUAUGAACAACCUUAAAAUUUUUUUUGAGGUUGUUUUUUGUUAAGAAUAUUUAUAACAAUAGCACAGAUGGACAACCAUUACUGCAAAAUUAAUUAUAUAGUGGCAGGCGAAAGUGCAGGUAGAAAAUAAUACCUCAGUUUGUCAAAUUUCUGUUUUAUAAAUUUUCCCCUUGGAUUAGCCAGAAAAAGUGGAACAUUCGUUAAUUUGCGUUUUUAAUGGUAUUCUUCAGGGAUAAUGGAGAAAUAUUUCAACUUACCACAAUAAUUUAGAUGGUGUUAUGUGGAAGCAGGGUUUGCCAUUUGCAUGACAAAGAAUUUUUGAGGAUUUGCAAAGAAAAUGAAUCCAUGUAGUGGCCGGCCAAGACAAGAUUUGGAUGGCAACUGCUAUGGAAUCCAGCACCCUAAACCAUUCCACCUUGCAUGCUGAAAAAUAAGUCACUUACAGUGAAAAAUCUAACCCCCUUAUCUCUUGGAUGUGGAAAAUUAAUGGAGAACCAACAAAAUAAAACCAAAGAAUCAUCAUUAAGGAAAUGAAUUCAUUCAUUGUUUUUUUUAAUUUUCUUUAGGGACCCAAGAUGCUGCUUCUGAUAUCCAAGAUAGUGCCCCUUUAUCCAAACAUCCUCGUAAGUGAAUGUACAGAUUUUAAAUACAUGUACACUUCCAUCUGCAAGAGACUGAUAUCAAAAAAUUGGAAUUUCACUUGGCAAAAGACCAAGGGUGAAACAAACCUGACUGUAGGAAAUAAAUACUAUUGAAACGAGUACAUUGAAUUUAAAAAGUUUCUGAAGCCAAAUCAAUUGCAAGAUGAGCCUGGCACAGUUAAGUCCUGCAUUUAAUCAUUUUAGUUCACGUCAAGUGUCGUGAACAAGCUAGUUUGUUGACAAGCUUUGUAGUAUUUAGGUAAAGAGGCGACUAAACGUAAAGAGACUUGGAACAAGAAAGAAGAAACCUUCUUUUGGCAUAAAAAUCAAGUCAAGGUUUAUGCCCACAUAAACUAUUUUAAUAUUUUCAGCUUGAAAUGCGAAAAUACCUGUAUGUUCCAGAGAGCCUCUAAAGAAAUGUAUCACAAACACUGCAGCUACCAUAUUUCGAACCAUUUUACUCAACAUUAUUCAGCACCAGGUGUGCUUAAAAUCUUUUUUCUAAAAUAAUUUGAAGACACCUUUGAAAUGAGAUAAUGCGGCUCUUUUUAUUUACUCAAUCCAUCUCGAGGUCACGUGACCUUUCUCAGACCAAAAUAAUUAUUGUGGGAUGAACUUUGCCCGUUCCAGGCUCCGAGUUCAUUUAUGCAUCAUUCCCCACUAUCCGAGAGCCGACCCGAGAGCCUUGAACAGGCUAGGAUGUUAAAUAAAUGUGAGAUGGAAAGGGCAUAAAAGGUACUGAGUUAAUGGCCAGAUGUUUGGUUUUAGAGUGUUAACACUGAUAUUUUAUGGCUGCUUCUCCGAAUAUCGGACAAGCAAGUCUUGCAUGUCAUUCACCUCCAAAGUGGCUUUCUGGCUUAUUUCUAUCACUGGUGUUGUUUGAGUUGUAGCCAAUAAUUUUUGUGGUGAUACAAAAAACAAAGUACUCGGCUAAGAGGAGACACCUUGUUUUUAUCUCAUUUUGUUUUUGUUUUUGUUUUUUUCUUAUUUUUUGUACAGCUCCUGAGAACUGGUGUUCUAUAUCGUACUUUGAACUUGACCAGCAGGUCGGCGAGAUUUUUAAGGUCAUGUCGUCGUGUCCAUCUGUUAAGGUUGAUGGUUAUGUUGACCCCUCAGGUGGCAGCCGGUUUUGUCUCGGCCAACUCUCCAACGUUCAUAGAACAGAUGCUAGUGAGAAAGCUAGGCUGCACAUAGGUUAGUAAAGGUUGUGCCCUGUCCUUCUUAUGAAAGAUUAAAAAUAGAACAACAUUUUACGUUUACAGUUUAAUAUUGAAACCUCAUAAGCUGUCAUGUGCGAAAAUCUGAAAGCUUUCUGACUGAGUACCUUCCUCCUUCCUUAGUGGACAUUUUAUCAUCAUCAUUGUAUUAUUUUUUUUCCCAAGGAGGCCUACAUGCAGUGCUGCGUUUGUUGUUAUUGUUUCUUAAAAGAAUGCCACUUUUUUAAAUUGCAGGGCACAGGGAGGGUACUGAGCUUGAGUCCGCAGUAUCUUUAGGGACUUCUUCUGGUUGUGGAAUUAAUUUAAAAUUCCUUAUCGGUGGAUUGGCCUAGCAGUUCCUAAAUCUAUCCCUGGAAUUAAGCUUAAUGUAACAACUUACUACACACGUUUUCCUUCCUUCUUUUCUUUUCUUUUUUCUUUUGUAGGUAAAGGAGUCCAGCUGGACUUGAGAGGUGAAGGUGAUGUGUGGGUUCGUUGUCUUAGCGAACACAGCGUUUUUGUUCAAAGUUAUUAUUUAGAUAGAGAAGCUGGGCGUUGUCCAGGUGAUGCUGUCCACAAAAUCUACCCUUCAGCCUACAUAAAGGUAUUUGAUUUACGUCAGUGCUACCGACAAAUCAAACAACAGGCUCACGCUGCCCAAGCCGCCGCAGCCGCUCAAGCCGCAGCCAUUUCUACUGGUGUAGGGCCUGGCGCCUUGAUACCGCAGAUCGGCAUGAGCGUGGGCGUCGAUGAUCUUCGGAGGCUCUGUAUUCUUCGACUUAGCUUCGUGAAAGGCUGGGGCCCAGAUUACCCUCGUAAAAGUAUCAAAGAAACACCAUGCUGGAUAGAGAUUCACCUGCAUCGCGCUUUGCAGUUGUUGGAUGAGAUCUUAAUUACUAUGCCAAUUAACGAGCCUCGACCGCAUGAUACAUGACUACUGAUCUGUAAAAGCGUCUGCCUGGCUUCAAUUAUGAAAAUUUUAUUGAAUCACUAUUUGCAGGUUAAACCUACUUGAGCGACUAAACUAGUGUCCCUUUCAAUUUCCUUUUUGGGUGGUCGCUCGUUCAGGUUUAGUGUACAUUUUAUUUUUAUUUUAUUAUAUUAUUAUUAUUAUGUCUUUUAACACACGUCUUGUAGAAAAUUAGACUGUAAAAGGUGUAGUGCGGUUUGUGAUUUUUCGAUAGAAAUACUACUCUACCGUCUUUUCGGGAAUUUUGUUGCACAACUUUCACCGAAUGGUGAGCCAUUAAAGACGGCUAUAUACACCUAAUUGCAGUAACGUUGUCAUACAAAAAGGCAACAACGAAAUCAAGAAAACUAUUUAAAGUUGCGCAAAAACCGCUUUUUGCUCGUUCGCUGUUUCACUGCUCGCUCGCUAUUUUUGCUCGUCCGCACUGACCGAGAACCUGGAACAGGCCACCGAUCGCAAAAUGUGGUACAAGCGGAAGCGUGCCUAAUUAAGUCCUGUCUAUUGUUUGUUUGUUUGUUUCUCUCUUUCUUGCUCUCUUUUUCUCCAUGCCAGUGUUGAUGCAGUUAGGUGUGCAGCAUUAUAAUAAUUAGUUCCGUGCUUUUAUUUUCGCUUGACUGCGGCCAAUGUUCACCCAAGGUUGUGAGGUUUUUUGAUGUUUUGGAGUAAUAAUAGAUCUACUAAAGCGUUCACACACGAAAUUAUGGAAGCGAUUCGGUGCAGUGGAGAGGUACAUUACCUUUGCUACUUUUCAAACGUUACCUUUCCGCGCGAAUCAACGCGGCCCGCAAGGCAUUGUUGGUGAAGAUGGACCUUUACUAAUAAUCAUGAUGAUCAAAGAAAAAUAGUAAUACGAAAAAUGUGUCAUAAGCGCGAGCUUUCUGUUGUUAAACUCUGAGAAAUGUGCUCCUUGUUCACUGAAAAUGUUUCUUCAUUGAGAAUAUCAAAAGCUUUUGACACGUAGGGGAGUGGCUUUUGAGAUCUGUGAGAUACAUUAUCAGUUUAAUAUGAAAUCAACGAUUUCAAAAGUCUUUCCUUAGCUUAGGCCAGAUUUUCGUCGCUCUCUCGGGUCCGGGCUUGUUCCUCCCCACGUGAAAAAAGUCUUUUCCAGGGACGGAGCGCGGUUUCAUUUCCCAAACAGCGGCUGAUAAUGGAGCCUAUACUUAGCUUCCUUGUUGUAAAUCUGUGGGUGAAUUUUAAAAGUGUUGUCUUUCACAGAAAGUGAAGAAAGUUUGUUCUGUCUCUCUUAUUGUUAAUCUUCCUAGUCAGAAAGUCAUAAGUAUCGGUCGCUUACCUUUCAACUUCUUUGAUUGUUUAUAGAAAAUUUUGUCAACUUUUCCACGAUAACUGUUUUUCAGUUGAACUUUUUUUUUUUGAUCCUCGGUUUAUAUUCUUUUGUUAAAGCUUUAGGUAACUAUGUUUUCCAUGCUUUUUAUUUCUAAGCUUCGUAACGUCUAUGUGGUUUUAACUGUUGUUGUAAAUUGUUGUCGAUACCAUUUUUGCUCUCUUUGAAGUCACCUAGGAAACGUCCUGUCCUUGGAAAGCUAAACUGUUCCAGAUUAUUACGGUUGACUUAACUUAAUUUAACCAGUUCUGUUUUUAUCUCCGUUACUUGUUACCGGGUGAUAUAUUUUACUUAUAGCACCACAUGUAAGCGAAGGUUCACAUGUUGUGGUCUAUACUGAACUGUAUAAAUGGACGGUUUCAAACUGUGCUGCAGUGUCGUACCGAAACUUAAGUUUAUUAGUCGAGUUCAUGAGGUAAAUAGACCUUUUCGCGUGUAUGUUUUGCGCAUUAAUUUCGACAAAACAAAAGCGUUUACGUAAGCUAAGAGGUUCACUCCCACAGGAACACCAACAUGGCCGCCUUUUCAUUUUUUUGAGACACCAACAUUGCGCAGCUGACGUCGUGUGAAAAGGCUCUAUUUAUCAUUUCCACAUUUUCCAUAAUAAAGCUUGUUUACCCCCCUCCCCUCCCCCCUAAAAAAAAUGGGCAUAAACAUUGUCUUCAGUUUUUCUUUGGACGAUUUUAAUAUAUGUGACAAUUUGAAAACAAUGGUUAUGUACAAUUUCUGGAGGCAGGCAGGGUAAACAACGUCCAUUGAAGAUUAUGUGUUGCUACUUAAACCAGUAUUCUCUUUCAAUAUCCACUGAGAAUGUAAACUGAAGUAUACAACAAAACAAACCAGCCAUGUAAUGUCGAUAUUUCAAAAGCCACAUUUCGAGCCCUGCUCCUUCUUUCGGAGUGAAUUACAAUCUAACGCUCCAAACGUCAGCUUUUGGAAUUAUGUACAAUUUAUUAACCUUAUAAACUCAGUUUCUAGUAAUUUCUGGAAGCGAACUCUUGCAAUCUAACAUUGCUAAAAGUAAUUUUUAGGUAGAGGUUAGCAACUUUACUCGCGUUAGUGAUAUAUAGCGUAAAGAAUAUUAAAAUAUAAGAUUAGUUUCUAAACAGAAAAAUAUUUUUGGUGCCCUGUGACUUUUUCCUCGCAGUAUGUCGACUUGUAUUCUUGGAGGAAACGUGCAACAAUUGUAAAUAUGUUAUGUUUUUAAAUAAUGCACUGCUCUUUAGUUUCUACAGAGCGAAGCACUGCGAGGAAACAAAACAAGGAGCAUGCUGAAAAGUAAAAGUUAAUAAACACAUAGUGAAAACAUCCCACUGGGUGAUUGUCUU